UAAAGUUAUAACCAGCAUCCUCUCCCUCAGCCCCCUUUACGUUUAUAACAGAAAAGUAUGGAAGUAAUUUUAAUAUUACUGUCGUUUAAUGUAAACAGUAUUACUGCAAUUCAAUGAAUUUAAUGUUGAUAUUAUAUCAGUGUAAUACUUUCUUGCCGAAUUUCUCCACUGAGAUUGUGAAGUAUCUCGUUCACGGUUUACUAUUCAUGUGACGUUUAAAACUUUUCGGCUAAAUGUACCCAACAGUUUUGAAAUAAACUCCAUAAUUUGGAUUUAAAAAUAGAACCAUAACACAGUGUUUUCAAAUCUGCCUAAUGCAUCGUACAUGCAAAUUUUUAUUUACGGAUUUAUAAAACGUUAUUUGACUUAAUGGAACUGGUUUGUAUCACUAUUUUGUGUAUAAAAUAACACUGAACAAAGAUAUGAAUAGUUGGGGUUAUGCACAUAGUGUAACACAUUCUAUACUUGUUUGAACGACGGCAUGUACCAAGCUUUGUAAAUUGCAGACUUUUAUACGAACCCUGAAACUAAUUUGUUCAUUUUUUAUUACUUUUCUCCACAAGAUUUCCAAAGUUACGUGUUAUUUGUAACAAAACUUAUGAUGUUUGGCUAUGUUUAUUGACGUCAUAUUAUAAAGUUUCUCAUAGAUACAUUCUUUCGUUGUAAUUGGGUCAGAUUCGUUUUUUACUUUGAUGCUAUAUCAUACUCUUGUUAGUGUGAUGUCUACAUGAUUAGGUUAACGAGUAAAUAAUUUGACUGACCACUUUCAGAUGUUUUACUGGAAUCGAAUUUCCUCAUUGGGACAUGUGUAAAUCUAUAAUGUGGCGAUUUUACUAAAGAUUGGUUUCCGUUAGCACCGGUGACAAAGUAUAAUUUAAAAUCUUGUCUUGGUAUCAAAGUUACUUUUAUAUCAUAUAUUUUGUGACACUACAUGGUCUUCAGUCUAACACAUGAGUUUUAUUAUGAACUUUAUCUUUAUUAACUCUUGGUCUCAGUUUACAUUAAAGUUAGUCCUCAUCUAAUUGCACUCACCGGAAGUGAACGAUUUAGUUGGAUGAUGAAUAUAAAGUUUGCAAUCUAAGUUUUAGCUAUUGUUCAAUGUUUAUAAUGUUUACCAUAGAUGUUGAGAAAUCCAAGUAUCGAAUGAAUUUUACUAAAUACUCAUAGCAUUAAUUAGUUAAAUCAGUUACCACCUUAUCAUCUCUAUUAUUUAGCCUCAAAUAAACGGUUGUCAAUAUUUUUUCAUGAGUACAUAGGAGUGGUCAAGGUCAACGGUGGAAAACGAUACCUGACCGAUUAAACCCAAAUGGUUAUGCUGGGUCUUGAUUGAUGGUUAGAAAGUGACAAAUUCAUAUGCAUUGAAUGCUAUGAAAUCAAGGGUGGUAUUGGGUAAUUGACAUUAUCGUUAACGCAAAAGUGUUUAACAUACACUCAACUGUUAAUUAUCGUUUGGUUAUUAAUUACAUCCGUUGGUCUUUUGAAUAUUUAUAAAUACUAAUCAUUGGUUCAUUGACGUAUAUUAUAUGUCAUUAUCCUGUUAUUGGUUGUAUUUUGUCUGUUAGUUUGGAUACAAUUUUAACGUUUACUUUUAACUUAUUUCUGGUUGCUUAUUACUAUUUAUUUUGUUGCCUAUUUCCUUGUUUUUAUUUGCUUCUCAUAUAAUUUGAUUCGUGGGUUACCGGUUAACAUUGUUCUUGUUCAUAUUUCCCAUUUUUUUCCUAACAUUAUGAAUUAUUAUUUUCCUACUUUAUUUAAAAAAAUCGGUAUUGAUUAAGCUUUUCAGUCUGACUUCAGGAGUGAAUUGAUAAAAUCAGAUUUCAAUCAACUGAAGUCGACUUAUACAAAACUAUUGAAACAAUGUAAGAUAUGGUCUGAUAAACUUGUUAGAGAAUUGGAAACUCGUAAUCAUUUACUUAAUCAGUUACAUAAUACUUAUGGAAGUAUUACUUCUUUACUACAGGCAGAUUAUAAAAGAAAUGGGCAAGAUACAAAUCUUAAAUUCAGUAUGGAGCCUCGAUUAGGUGAUGAAGCAUUCACUGAAUGGAUUAAUGCUGUACGUCGUAUGGCUCGUAUAGGAGAUGGUUUACCAUCAGCUAUUCGUUCACGUGUAUGGUCAACUCUUGCAGAUAGACAAUUGGCUAAGCAACAUGUCGAUUGGGAUCACGAGACUAAAAUGGCUUUCAAUGAACCAUCUAAUCAAGAUGAUGAUAGAUUAGGUGAACAAAUUGUAAAAGAUCUACAUCGUACAGGAUGUGAACAAUUCGAAUCAGAUUCAGAUCGUGCAUCGUUGAAACGUGUUCUUCUUGCUUAUGCUCGAUGGAAUAAACGAGUGGGUUACUGUCAAGGUUUUAAUGUAAUAGCUGCUGGUGUGCUGGAUGUUACUGGUAGAGAUGAAAAAAAAGCAUUCAAAAUCAUGGUCUAUCUAAUUGAUUAUGUUUUACCGGAAUCAUAUUUUGCACAAAAUUUACAAGCAUUAUCGGUAGAUAUUGCUGUUUUCCGACAACUUUUACAAAAUAGAAUACCCGAAUUAGCGAAUCAUUUAGAUCAUUUACAAUUCAAAGCUGCUUUGGAAACAGACUGUCAGCUGACUGGAAAAGAAUUAUCUACAUAUAAACAAGAUAUUUUGUCGGGAAAAAAUCAUGGCGCUUAUGAACCUCCAUUAAUGAAUGUUUAUAUCAUUCAAUGGUUUCUUACUUUAUUUGCUACUUGUUUGGCAUCUGAUGCAGUUCUGCGUGUUUGGGAUAGCAUAUUGCUAGAAGGUUCUGAGGUGAUCUUGCGGACAGCUAUAGUCAUCAUGGAUUUCUUGAAAAGUCGUUUGUUAAAGUUAAAAUCAGCUGAUCAAUUUUACGCUACAAUGAGUAAUUUAAUGUCACAAUUUUCAGAAGGUCGAAUAGUAAGUAGUCAAGAAUUAUUAUUUGAAAUCUAUGAACUAGCACCAUUUCCUUAUCCUGGAUUAAAAGAAUUACGUGAAAAAUUUAUGUAUAAUAUUGCUCCAUUAGUUUUAACAAAACAUUUGACUAUGAAUUCAUUUAAUAAUAAUAAUACUAAUGAUGAUCAAAGUCUUUCAAAUAAUAAUGGAAAGAAAAUGAGCAAAUUUAAUUUAUUGAAAUAUUUUCCUUCAAAUUUUAAAACAUCUAAAUCUUUACAGUCGGAUAAUGAUCAUAAAUGUUUAACAAAGUUGAAAAAUGAAAAAUAUUUGAAUGAAACUACUAGGUGGCCCAAAACCAUCAAAGAUGAAUCUAUUAAAGAAAAACAAAGCAGUCACUGUGUACAAAACACGGAUAAAAGACGUUUGUCAACUACGGAAUUAGAUGAAGAAGAAUGCAUGGGAGAUAAUUAUCAAGAGAUUAGUUUGAGUAUGGAUACGGAUUCUGAAAUAGGAACGUUUUCUCGAAAACAAACUCAAAAUUACAAUAAAGUAAAUGGCCAAACUAGUAAUACUCAUUCUAAAGAAGCACAUAAUAAAUCAAUGAAGCGAUUUUCCAAUGAUCAAAUUAAGGGAACUGUCAAAUGUUUUUCAGCAUUUUGGCCUGACAAACCAAAUAAUAUUGACUCAAGAUUUUCUAAUCAAUCAUAUGUUACUGAAAGUAGUUCAGUGAAGUCAUUACGAUAUUCUGUUGACGAUACUCUUCUUAAAAAUGUAUUUCGUCUGAGGAGUAUACAAAAUAGUCCACUGAAAGACGGUAGAGGAAAAGCAAAUUCAGAUAUUAGUCAAAUUGGUCCUGGAGCAGUUAGUGAUGCUCCAGAUUUGACCCCUAUGCAUAAAACAUCUUCAGCUGAUCAGGCUCGUAUGACAAGAAAUCUUGACCAAUUAGAAUCUCAUUAUAAAAAACAACAAACACGUCAACGUUCAACUAUUAUUGUUCUACCGACGAAUAUUUUAAAAUCAGUUUAUUAUCAAACAAAUAUGAUUGAGGUACUCCCACAAAGAAAAUAUACGCCAACUAAAUCAUUGUCAUUUAGAUUAUCUAAUGCAAAUAAUCACUGUUCAGUCAAGUCAAUAAGUUUUGAUUCUUAUGAUACUUUAGAAAAUUGCUGUGAGAAUAAUCUCAGUGAAAUUGAUGACAAGAACAAAUACAAUAAUUCUUCUUUAGAUAUUCUGAAUAAAGAAAUUAAUGAUACGUUAAAUGAUAGUCCUGCAAUAAGUAUAAAUCAGACGUUAAUUGGUGCUGUAAAAUCAUGGCAAGAAAAUGCUGAUUGGUCUGUUACUAUUGAUGAAAAUGAUGAUCUUUAUAAGAAAGUCUUUCCCGAUGAAUCGAAUCGUAAAGAAUUAUUAAUUAAACGAUCUAACAAUACAAAACUUAAAUUAUGUGAAUUAGCAAGGUUCAAUAGUUUAGAAAUCCGUUUACCAAUGAAAUAUUCGUACUCUGAUGGAACAUUGAAUAGUCAUAUUGCAUCGAACAAUCAUACUGAUCAUAUCGAUAAUGAUGUAAACUCUACAAAUUCUUCAACAUAUAAAAAUAUUUAUGAUACCAAUAUAAUUUAUUCAAAAAAAACUAUUAGUGAAUUGAUCCUAAUGAAUAUGAUUAAACAAUAUAAUCAAUUAAAAGAUGACAACAAUAUAUAUAAUUCAAAAGAGUCAAAAAUUACACCUACACAAUCAUCUGUGGUAGUGUCUCAUGAAGCAAUUUCUCUGAAUGACGCAGAUACUUCAUGUUAUACGUCAGUUUCAAGAAAUGUACCGAAAAAGUUACCUUGGCAAAAAGCAGCAUAUUCCUUUGCUCAUAAUUGUCGUUUAAACAAAUUAAUCACUUCCAAACAGACAUGUGAAUUAUUUCCUAUAAAAACAUCGCUUACGCAAUCUCGAAGAGAGUUUGGAGCUAAAUUUGGUAUUUAUUAGGAUACAAAUUUCAAGAACUGGUCGACUUUCUCAGGUUUUCACUAUUAUUGCUAAGAGUUCAAUGCUUACUUCUUAUAACUCGGUGAUUAUAAGUUCAUAACAUUCAUUAUAUAGUAUAACUGUGUUUUGUAAUUACCUCCUCAUGAUCUUAUGCUAAUAAUAUCUUCAGAAGUUAUUCACAUUCAUCCAUUUUUGGAGGAUUGAUGAUAAGUAUUUUAUUUUCCUAGUAUUAUUUUUCCGUUAUCCGAAAUAACAUUUGUGUAGUUUACUGAUGUCUACAGAAAAUAAUCUAGUCUAUCAUUCUUUUUCUUCGUUUUGUUUUCAACAGCUUAUUUUGUGAUUGUUAAACUUAUUAUGUAUUACUGAUCAGAACAAUAAAAGUUUAUGAUUUGUUCCCAUGUUCAAUAAUAAUCACUGUAUACUAUCAUUGAUUGAUACAGAGAAACGUUUAUGACCAAAAUUACUGUACAUAGUGCUUUUCCUUUUAUUGUUACGUAAUUGAACUUAAUUUCGGUUGAAAUCGAGAUUUCCGAUACAGCAGAUAACACAAUGAAUUAUGGUGAGGUGCCUAUUUGUAUUUAGGCAAAACUUUUGUCAAAUGAAAUGAAGUCAAAGACAGAGUUUUUAAGCUCAGCUUUCAUAUCCAGGUAGAUUAUCGUGAGUCAACUGGCCUAGGUUACACGUUUACUCCAAUGUUUUGUCAAUAUAAAUCUUUUUCCUUUCCAUGCUCAAUUUGUCAGGAAAACGUAGGCUUGUUCUAAAUUUCUAGCAUGGGUUAUUUGGAGCUGCAGGCAAAGAUAAGACCGC